GCCGUUUCUCAGUUCGGAUUAUGCAGUGGUAGUGAUUACAUGUGGUCAGGCAAAAUUUUAAAAUUCACACUGACCUGCAUGGUUUGCGUGUUUGCAAACAUUUUAGGCGGCAACUAAACGUCGUCAAUAAAGCUAGAUAAUAUAUCUUAUUGUCAUCAAUUAAUGAAUUUAUAGUAAACAACACAAAUUAAAACGCAAUUAAUAAAAAAAAUAGUGGAAUGCAUAAGAUAUACAUUUACAAACAUUGAAGAAAAUAUUUACCAUGUAUUAUCAAAAUCCUUGGCAUUUGACAUAUAAGAAUUCUAAAAGUCUUUCAUUGAAUACAAAAGAAUAUAAAGAACAAUGUUACUUUGAAAUAAAUGAUAUGAUUAACAAAGAAAAAGAUAACUUUGAAACUUAUAAUGUAGAUGAUGAUACAGCUCUGCACAAUUUUGAAACUGUUAGAACAAUUCCCAACAUAUUAAAAAACAAUUCAAAACUGAACAAGAAAAUCUUUUCUCAGCUGAAUGAAACAGAUGAAAAUCAAAACAAUGUACAGAUUCCAUUCAUAUACAAGAAUCCCUUUCAAGAAAAUAAAUGUUUUAAGAAAGAAACCAAAUGUAAAUAUUUAUCUCGCAAAAGAAAACAAGGACUUGGUUUUACUGAUGUAUGGAACGAAUACCCUAGUUGGAAUAUAGAUUCUUCUGUUGAUGACAAGAAGAAAAUAUCAAACAAAAGCUUUCAUACAUCAUUAAAAUUAGAGGCUCCUACAAAACAGAGAAAAUUAACAUGUCACACUAAACAGCAGGAUAUAAAACACGAAAUGUCUCUCCUUAAAACUAAACAAAAUGAGAAUUCUUGCAAUAUACCAACAAACUAUAGUUCUGAAUAUAUUUGCUUGCAAGAAUUUGAAUGUACAGAUUUUCAAGAUUCAAUUGACUUUUCAGGCAAUGAGAUAUUCAGUAAAUUUAAUUAUGAAUUAUACAGUGAUAAUAAUUUAACUGGCUCUAACAUGUAUAUGCUGAAUUCUAAUGAAACUUAUAAUUCUUUGAGUACAACUAAUAAUAGUGAUACCUUUGAAAAAGAAUAUGAUUUAAAUAGCAAUAAAGUUGAUACAUCUAAUGAAGGAUAUAGAUCCUUAACAAAUGAAUCAUUAGCAUUUUCACAACAUCUGGAGAAAGAUAUACUACUUCUAAACAAUAAUAAAUUAGAUUGGACAUGUGAUUCUCAUUGUGAUCAUUGUUUGGAAAACUGUGUCUCCAGUUGGAUAACAGCUAAUGAAACAAUAAAUAACGCAUUUCAAAAAGAUAAGAUGUUAGCAGGAAUAAUUAAUCCAAAAGCAAUCCAUACGGAUAAUGAAAUUGACUUAGAUUCUACAGACAUAUAUGAUAUAUAUUUAGCAACUGAUACUUCAUCAAAAGCAGAUAGUACAAGAACAUUAUCAUCAGAAAAUUCUAUUGAUAAUAUUGAUCUGUCAUUACCAGAAUUAGCAAGUUAUUGCGACGAAUAUAACAUCGUAGAGGAAAUAUCAAAAAAAGCUAUAAAUUCGGAUGAAACCAAAAAAUUUAAUACUCUUAAUGACUUUGAUGAUGUUUUGUUGGAAACCGAUUUUGAUAUACCUACACCUGCAUCCGGAAAAGAAAUAAACGAAUAUCCGAUAAAUAUAUCGCAAUCUGAGAAAGAUUACGAAUAUAAUUGCUCAAAUAAUAAAAAAUUUGAGUGUUCAGUAUGUUCAUUAACAUUCUCGAAAGCCCGUACGUUUGCGAUGCAUCAAGCGGGCGCGCAUGGAGGUAUGUAUGUAAUACUUUGCGAAAGCUGCGGCACGUUUUUCAAUCGAAAAUACCAUUUCAAUAGGCAUUUAGUUCAUUGCAAUCGUUUGAAAAAAUCGUUCAGUUGCGACAUGUGCAUGAAAGCGUAUAGGCACAAGUCAUCUUUGUCUCAUCAUUUAAAAGAAAGACAUCACAUUCCUUAUGAUCGUUCGCCAAAAUUCACUUGUGGCGUGUGUAACAAAGACUAUAGGAGAUUCGGGGCUUUUGAGAAUCAUCUCAGAAAGCACCACCAUGCACCCGGUAAAUUAUUAACUUAUUGCGAAGAUUGAAGAGAAAACAGAUUGAGAGUAGUUUGGUGCUGCUAUCAUUUUUAGAUCGAUGAUAGCGAAUAUGCAAUAUUAUUACCAUUCUACAACUAGUUUAUUAUCGUUUUUUCAUUUCUGUUUUUUUAACUGCAAUUGAAUGCAAUUAAGUUCUGGUACCAAAGUUCCUCGUUUUUUUAU